CAUACACAAAAACGACUCGUCGUUUAUUUGUGGGAAGCUCAGAGGCUCAGAAAUAGUAGUUAAACCCAGGAAUGAGUUUUGUUUUGUGAAGCUGCAGAGUGCAAAAACGACUGUCGUAAACAUCGGAUUGGAGUGUUUCAAUCUUGGAGAAGAUGCUUGCAAAGUUUUGAUUGGGAUUUUGAUUUGUGGGGGAGUGAAAAUGUCGAAGUGGCUGGGGAGGAUUGCUGGGAUGUUUAGGAGUGGGAGUAUGGUCGGAAAGGACAAAGCCGGCAAUCGUUACUUCACCAGAAACGAUGAAGUUGAUGGCAUCUUGAAAGAGAAAAGAUGGGUGGUAUUCAAGGGGGAGGAAGAUCCAACCUCUGUUCCAGUUGAAUGGAUAUGUUGGCUCAAUGGGCAGCGCAAAAAGGCUCCAACGGCAGAGGAAAUUAUAGAAUUGGAAGCAAAGCGUGAACGUGUCCGGCAAAAUGUUGCUCUUUUGAAGAAAGAAGAAGAGGAAAGAAAAGCAAGAGAAGGCACUACACGGAAAGUCGUUAAUACUGGUAAAGGAGGUCCAGACUUGAAAAGUUUCAUUCGCCAAUUUCCUGGGUCCUCAGAAGGUGACAAACACAAGGACGAAACCAAUGAGAUGGAUGGAGUGAGGUCUACAGAGCCAACAGGAUCUGGUCAAACAUUCAAGCCAGGGACAUGGCAGCCACCAACAUGAAGUGAAAUUGAUAUGGCAGACUCGAUUAGAAGUGUGAGCAAAUUAACCCUCCUGUCCUGGUAUAAUGCACUAAAUUUUUUCUGCAACGCAGACGACAUGGUGAGUUAUUAGUAACUCUCUUUCAACAGUGUUGCGGUUCACUGCAAUACCUUCAUUUUGUUUCUGUUUCACUCCCAAACCAAGCACCAUACAUGCUUAACGGCACCAUGUAUUGAUCAAGUUUUUGUAGUAGUGGUAGCCGUCUUUUUCACAUUUAUUUAAAAGUGUAUACACAGUCGUGCACCACAAUUGUAAUACAUCAUUGUAUUUCCAAGUCAUCACCCUGACUGGCAUACAAGAAACUCUGAACAUUGUUUACCUUCACUUUGUGCUUAAUGGCAUAUCCACGUUUUA